AUGACGACGUGUCAUACGCUACCGCACCUUCCCAGCGAGCUGAGGGCUGAAGCAUUCCAGACCGCCAUCUAUCUCAAGAAUCGCACACCAACUGAAGUCCUGGGCGGCAAAUCCCCACUCGAGGUAUGGGAGGGGAAGCCGCUAGGUAAUCUGCUGCACAUUCACGAAUGGGGUUCGAUGGCCUUCAAACAUGAGGGAGCGCGUUUCCGUCCCAACAAGCUUGCGGCCAGGGCCAAGAAGAUGUAUCUGGGCGCGAUCCGUUUCCUGUGCCAAACACGACAAUCUACCAACCUGGUGACCUCGGAGGAGGAUGCUUAUCAGCAGGUGGAACAAGCUCUUCUGACAGGGGGUGUACUCGGAAACAUCGGGACGGGCAACCCUGGAGAAAUAGGUUACAGGCCUCCCGACCCGACCGAUUACGACGACGCAACACGUGGACCAGAUGCUGACCACUGGAGGGAGAGUAUGCGCGAAGAAAAUCGUUCGCUCACGGAACUCGACGUAUACGAUUGGGUGAAACGGCCGGCGGACGGUGAUAUACUUCCGUCAAGAUACCUAUACAAACGGAAGUACGCAGCAGACGGAGAACUAGCUCGACUGAAGAGUCGUAUCGUGGUCCAAGGCUUCCAUCAAGAAGACACGGGGGAAGACAAGGCAUCAUCAGUGGCGACAUUGGAGGCGGUACAUCUAGUAGUCGCCGUCGCUGCUCAGAAUGGCUUUGUUCUAAAACAGGCUGACAUCAAGACAGCGUUCCUACAUGCCAGGAUCCCCGCUAACGCAGACCCGAUUUAUGUUUGUCCUCCGAAAGGUUUCGAAUGCUCUCCAGAACAAGCACGGCAGGUGUGGCGGCUAAAGGCAUGGCUCUACGGAUUGCGUCUCUCCCCGAAAGGCUGGUGCAGCACCUUCCACGACUUCCUGAUUGAGAAAGGGUUCGUACAGAGUAAAGCAGACCCCUGUCUCUACAUUCUCGAAGCGGAAGGAGUUAUCCUUCUCGUGUACGUUGACGACAUCCUGCUGUCGGGGAAGGACGAGGAGAAGGUCAUGAUGGUCGUUGAUCUGCUGAAGGAACGGUUCAACACGGUGUUCUUGGGGGAUGCUCAGCACCUGCUUGGUAUGAAGCUUGAGAGGAACGUCGACGCCGGUACCAUAUUCCUUUCUCAAGAGACGUACGCAAAGACCGUGCUCGACCAGUUCGGAAUGGCCGAAUCGCGCCCGGUGAAGACACCUGCGGAACCUGGACCUAUCAGCACCGAGGAGGAGAAGGUUUUAUCUCCAUCGGAAUCACAUACACCGAAGACGCCGACGGCGGAGAUAAACUCACGGCGCACGUGGACUCUGCUUUUGCAGGACAAAGGCUACUCCACAACCGGUGCCGUUCUCUAUCUCGCAGGUGCCCCAGUGGACUGGAUAUCCAAGAAGCAAACGGUGCUGGCCAUCUCAACGUUCGAGGCUGAAGCCGUUGCCCUGUCCAAGGCGUGCACUAUUGUCAUCCACUUUCGUAAUUUGCUGAAGUCGCUGAACAUGAAGCAGGAGCAGCCCACGGUAGUGUUUGAGGACAACACAGGCACUGUAGCGUUUGCUAAGGGCGCCAAACUCACGCCCCGUAGUAAACAUAUCGACGUCAAGUAUCACCACGUUCGGUACUUAGAGGAGAAGAAAAUCGUCGACGUCAAGUACAUCGAGACUAACUUGCAGAAGGCUGACAUCCUGACUAAAAGCCAGGGAGCUGUGAAGUUCCUCCAGAACCGCCUUCUCUUGCUUGGAGUGUAA